GGGCCCUGGCCACUUCGGUCUGGUAGAGCAUCGUCAGUACGGCUGGAACCCCGGCAACGCCGAAAACGGACACGAUCCCCAGCCACGGUCGCGGUACGGGGAAAGCUGAGGUCACCCGCGGGGCGGGCCCCGCUGGUUCCCUCGGCGGGGGUUCAGGGCCGCAGAGCGAGGCUGUGCUAGAGGCGGGCUAGGCGCGGAACCCUCGGGCGGGCGGGGCACGUGUGUGGCACAGCCUCCGUCUCGGCCAAGCUCAGCGGCGUCCCCGUCCCUAAGGACGGGGCGGUCGCGGCCGGAGCGCUGUGGCUCGGGCGUGCGGUUCUUCGUUUCUCGGGGCUUGGCAAAGUCGGAACCUAAGCCAGCGGCAUUCGGCGACCGCGUUCCUCGCGAGUUCCUCUGCUGCCCCCAGCGCCGGUUUGAAAGAACCUUCUCCUUGUGCCCUUCCUGUGCCGAGCUCGGGGCAGCCCAUCCUGCGUUCCUGAGCCUCCUCAGGCAGCCCAGGCACUGCGGAGAUGACUUCCCAGAGUCUGUGGAACAGCAGCGAGGGGUGAGCGUCCCUUCCUCGCCCGACUCCUCCCUGGUCUAGCUGGUGACCCGUAGGGUCCGGUUCCCGUUGAAUCCGUGGCCGCGGGGUGUGUGCGUAUCGGGGGUAGUUUUUCAGGGGUCAGCUGGGAUGUGAGUCCAGUCAGGUUAGAGGGAGACCAUCGGGGGCCAUUUUCUGCCGAGCCCCCGGCUUUCCUGAGCUGCUCUGGGGCCGGGAGCGGGUCUGUGCCGGCCACACUGGCACAGCUUUCCGUCACUUGGACUGGGCAGGGCGACGGCAGUGAGCGCGUCGGACGCUUCCCCUCCCCAUGGCGAGGCGCCGGAGGCUUCUGUGCCGUGCGCCUUUAACGAGCGCGGCCCCGGCGCGGUGACGUGCGGUGGCGCAGGGCCAGGAAGGGGAACGGCCGCCUGCCAGCCCCGCCGAAGAGAAGCUCAACAACUUUUCUUUUGUGCGUGGCCGCUGGCUCCCUGGCCCUUCCUGGCCUGCCAGCGCUCAUGGCGGAUUAACCCCAGCGCGCCGACGACGGCCGCGCGGCCCCGGUCUGGACAGGGACCUGAUAGGCUGGCCACAAUGUCUCUUCACGGUGCAAGAGUUGCUGCUCUCCUUGCUUGGGUGAACAGCACAAAGGUUUGUCCUGAUCCCCUCAAUGAUCUGUCCCAGCUCCAGGACUGUAGUGUCUUCAUCAGAAUUAUCCACAAAAUGCACAGGAGCAAGGAAGGGGAGUCUGUGCUGGAGCAGCCGCUGUCAGAGAGGAUCUCCUUCAUCCAUGGUUUCCUGCAGAAGCACUGCCGGCACAAAUUGGCUUCAGAAAACCUUGUCUCUGCACAGAAACUCCUGGAUGGAGAGGAGCUGGCGCUGGCCAAGGUGGCCGUGCUGCUCCUGUAUCACACCUCCAUGAGUUCCAAGAACUCUGGGGACUGGAAUGAAUUUGACUACAAGACGCAGGUUGAACUGGCAUCAAUCGUCAAAUUUGUGCUGGAUAACGAGGAGUGCCUGAAUGAGAAUCUGGAGCCAUUUCUGCAGAGGAAAGUAGAGCUGUCCUCAUCCAGUGUGUCCAGCAGCAGCUCUGAGGAACAUGCCCCAUUGUUCUCUCUCCCGCACAAGCAAGAGGUGCGUUUCCUGGAGCUGCAGAGGAUCGCCUCCUUCCCCAGCACCAACCUGCCCAGCACUCUGUCUUCGCCCAUGGGGGACAUCAUGCAGACCCCCCAGUUUCAGCUGCGGCGGCUGAAGGAGCAGCUGGCUUUUGAGAGAAAGAAACAGGAAGAGCUGGAGGUGGAGGUGGCAGAGAAUCACAAGCUCAUCAUGGAGAAGGAUGCUCAGAUCACCACGAUGCAGCAGCAGAUUGAUCGCUUGGUAAAGCUCAAUGAGAAGCAAGCUGAAGACCGGCUAGAGCCCAAAGAAAUGGAGGAGCUGAGGGAGAAGAAUGAGAGCCUUGUGGGGCGCCUGCAUGAGGCCUUCAGGCAGUGCCAGGAUCUGAAGACUGAAAAGGCCCAGAUGGACCGAAAAAUCAACCAGCUCUCUGAGGAGAAUGGGGAUCUUUCCUUCAAGCUGCGGGAAAUCGCCAGCAAUAUGGUCCAGCUACAACGAGCCCUGAACGAGCUCUCAGAGGAGCACAACACUGCCAUGGCACAGUCGCAGGAAAAGCAGCGACAGCUGGAGAAGGAGCUGCAUGCAGCCCUGCAGGACAAGAAAUGCUCAGAAGAGAAAAUUGAGAUUCUACAGGGAAAGAUUUCUAUGCUGGAGGACCAAUUGGCCAAGCUGGACGAGUACAGCACCCAGGAGAAGGGAGAAGUCAUGGGGGACAUUUUGAAGCUGGAGGAGCUGAAGCAGGAAGUGUCCAGCCUUACAGCCAAAGGACUGCAGCUGGAGAAGGAGAAGCAGCAGCUGGACAGCCUUGUCACCAGCCUCCAGAGCUCCCUCUCCGAGAGCCACCGGGCCCAAGAGAAACUGAAGCGAGACCUGCAGGCACAGGCUGCUGAGGGCCAGGCUGAGCAGCUGGCUGCCCUCAGUGUCCAGCAUGAGCAGACCCUGCGGGAAAGGGACUCUGCCCUGCAGCAGCUCCAGCAGGCCAAUGCAUCCCUGAGCAGCCAGCUACAGGCUGUGGAUGAGGAGAAGGCUGCACUGAGCUGCAAGGUCAGUGAACUGGAAGCCCAGAUCCUGGAGCUGGGUGCCCAACGGCAGCAGGGAGUGGCAGCAGAGGCACUGAAAGCCCAGCUGCAGGAGCUGGAGGGCAGGCUAAAGGAAAGCCAGCAGAGGCUGGCUGAGAGGGAGAAGCUGGCCCGGGAGAACAGCCGCCUGCAGGAGCAGCUGCUCUUCCUGGAGGAAUCCCUGCGGAACACUGAGGGUAUACUGGAGGAUGAGAAGAGACGGGCAGCUGAGUGCCUGGAGGGCAACCUCGCCAGGAUCGCUGAGCUGGAGGCAGAGCGACAGCAGCUGGUUCAGGGCCGGGAGCCAGCUCUGCCAGAGCGGGAUGAGGAGCUGGCCACAUGCCAGGUGAUAGAGGAGAGCCAGGAGCAGCCUGUGGGAUCCUCUCCUGCUGCCCAAGGGGAGGACAAAGAGUGCAGGCGGCUGAAGCAGGAAAUACAGGCGCUGAGCCGGGAGCACAGCCGGACCUGUCAGCAGCUGCAGGCUGAGCAGGAGAAGGUGGCUGUGCUGGAGGCCCAGGCAGAGCAGCUGGCUGGCCUCCAGGCUGACUUGUCCAGCACUCAGUCAUGGGCAAAGGAGAAGGAGAACGAGGAGCAGAAGCUGAGGGCCAAGAUUUCAUCCCUGCAGGAGAAGAUGGCUGUGGCAGAGCAAACAGCAGCCCAGCGUGUGGCCAAACUGGAGGCAGAUGCCCAGAGAGCUGCUGAGGCACUGGAGGGAGUCUCCCAGCAGUUGUCCCAGGAGAAGCUCAAAUCCAAGGAGUUGGAAGGCACCAUGGAUCAACUGCGGAUUGCAGAGAAGGAGCUGGUGUCCCUCCGCUCUGCUGUGCAGGAGAAGGAGAGCUGGAAGGAACAAGUGUCCCAGUGUGUCCAGGAGAUGGAGAGGAAGAACAGCCUGAUCAGCAGCCUGGAGCAUGAGGUCUCCAUCCUCCAUCAUCAGGUGACAGAGAAGGAAGGGGAGAGCAAGGAGUUGAAACGCCUGAUCCUGGCUGAGUCAGAGAAGAGCAAGAAGCUGGAGGAGAGGCUGCGGGUGCUGCAGACAGAGAUGGCCACUGCAGCCUCCCGUGCAGCUGAGAGGUGCUCAUUGAUGAAGGUGGAGGUGCAACGGUGCCAGGAAGAGAUGGAGAAGCAGCGGAUGACCAUUGAGGCCCUGAAGAGGGACCGCCAUUGCCAGAGCGAGCGGGAAGAUGAGCUGCGGCAGGAGGCAAAGGCCUGCCAGGACAAGUGCCUACAGAAGGAGCAGCUCCUGGCUGCUUUGCAGCAGGAGUUUGACAGUGCUCGGGCUGAGCAUGCCUCCCUGGAAAGCCAGCACCACCAGGAUCUGGAGCAGAGAGCAAAAGCUGUGUCCAUGCUGCAAGCUGAGCUAGCACAGGCCAAGCUGGAGGUGGCUGAGGUGCCGUCACUGCGGGAGCAGUUGGCAGAAAAGGACCGGGCCAUUCAGCGGCUGCAGGCUGAUGCAGCAGAAGCAGGGGUACAGCUGGCAGAGCUGCAACAGGCCAAUGCUCAGCUGGCCAAGGAGAAUCAAGGACUCAGCGAGAGCCACAGCCAAGGGCAGCAGCAGCUUGAGGCAGAACUGGGCCAGGCCAGGGAGCGGCACAUGCAGGAGCUGGAGCAGCUGCGGGCAACAUCUGAGAAGCUGGUGACCAGCAGCAGGCAGGAGGCUAAGGAGGCAGUACAGAAGCUGGAGGACCUGAGUAAGGAGUAUGAGAGCAGCAAGGUGGCAGCCUUGGAAGAGAGGAAGAAACUCCUGGAAGAGAAGCAGAGACUGACAACUCAGGUGGAGCAGUUGGAGAUAAUCCAGAAGGACCAAACUAAACAGGUGGAGGAGCUGAAUAAAAAACUGACUCAGCAUGAGAAGGCCACCUGGGCCCAGCAGCAGAGAGUUAAACAAGUCUUUCCCUGCCCACAGGCACUCGAAGGGGAACUGCAGGCAGCGGUCACGAGCCAUCAGGAGAAGGUGGCAGAGCUGCAGGUGCAGCUCACCCAGAAGGAGCAGGCAGCUGAGCACUACAAAGGGCAGAUGGAGAAGGCAAAAAGUCAUUAUGAUGCUAAGAAGCAGCAGAACCAGGAGCUAUCAGAGAAGCUGAAGGCCAUGGAGCACCUGCAGAAAGAGAACACAGAGCUUCACAGCAAAUCAGAGAGGCUGGCCAAGGAGCUACAGCAGAGCAUCCUGCAGGCCAAGGAGUCUGAGAUGAGCUGCAAGAAUCUUACCAGCCAGAUCCACAGUCUGGAAGCUCAGGUGCAGGAACUCAGCAAGUUCCAGGUGAUGACUGCCACAGUAAAGGGACAGGAGACUUCCUGCCAGAGUGUGGCUGACCAGAGCACUGACAGCCUCGAUGAGGCACAACUGCUCAACUCCACCAGGAAGGCUACCAGCUCUCAGUUGGAAGUCUCAGUGUUGCCAUCAGAGAGUGAAGAGUCACUGCUGUCUCAGCGGCUGCCCCAGAGGAAGUCAUCCCUGGAGAGUCUCUACUUUACUCCCAUCCUCUCUGAGACGCCAUCGCAGCUUGAGAACAGCACCAACUUCCUGGGUGACUUCUCGCUCGACUCUGGGUGCAAGACCCGCUCCGCCCGGCGCCGCACUACCAUCAACAUCACCAUGACAGAUAAACAGGCAGAGUCUGACGAACUGGUCUGCAUCAAGAACAUCCCAUUGGCUCAGUCCACAAAAACGUCUUCCCCUGCUAAGGGCCGUCUCUGCUCAGGUGCCUCCACUCGUUCCCUCACCAGCUUCCCCUCCCAGGAAACUCUUGCAAAGCUGGAAGCCUCUUCCCCAGAGAAGACCCCUGGCAAUUCAGCACUGUUGGGCCUCCCUGGGUACCGGCCAAUCACCCGUAGCUCCCUGCGCUUGCAGCGGACCAGCAGCUCCAGCCUCGGCCAGAACACCAUGAAGCUGGGCACAUGCCAGGAUGAGCCAGAGCAGCUGGAUGACUGGAACCGCAUUGCAGAGCUGCAGCGGCGGAACCAGGCCCGCCCCCCCCACCUGAAGACCAGCUACCCCCUAGAGAGCAUGCCCUCCACUUCCUUGGGAACCAUCACAGAUGAGGAUGUGAAGAUGGGGGACCCAGAAGAGACGCUGCGACGUGGCAGCAUGCAGCCCUCCCAGAUCAUCGCCACCAGUAGCCAGUGCAGCACCCAGGCCAGCAGCAUCAUUACCCGGCAGCAGAGGAAGCGCCUCUUGGAGGAGACCCACCAGGGCCCUGACACCCCCCCGUCCAAGAAGCCAACCAGCUGCUUCCCACGGCCACAGACCACCCAGGACCGCAGUGAGCAGAGUGGUUCCCAGGUCAGUCAACACAGCGAGCAGCCUGCCCCAGCCACACAAGCUCAGAGACGCCAGUCAAUGGCAUUCAGCAUCCUCAACACCCCCAGGGAGCUGGGGAGGCGCCUGCUGCGCCGGGCGGUCACCCAGAGGCGCACUCCCACACCCUCCAGCGGCACCCGCCGUUCAUCCCGCAUCGCCACCGCCAAGUCCCCAAAGGGCAAGGCCAGUCGCCAGUCACGCAAGGACAAGCAAUCCUGAGGUUUACCCAGUCCCUGCAUUGCUGGCUCUGCCCUGGCCCCCCACCUGCACUACCCUCACCUCUUCCUGUCCCCCCAGGGCUCAGGAGCACUGAGGGUGAACAGGUGAGGCCACCCACACAACUGCCUUGCAUAUCCCACUGACAACUGUGGGCGUGCUCUGGGCAUGGCAAGGCCCCCUUGCCCUUCCUGUACCCACUGUCACCCUAAACCCUUCUGGGACCCAAGGCAAGGGGAUGCACAGAGGUUGAGGGCUAGAAACACACAGGGGUGCAGGGGCUGGCACCAGGCUGCAGCUGGAGGGGCUGAGCUCUCCCCAGGGAUAUCCUGCAGCCCCAGUUACAGGGACAGAGGUGAAACUUAGCAUCCCUAGGGCCACUACCCUUGCUCCCUGUGUGUGGGACCCCCCCCACCUGCCCUGUCCUGCUCCUCCCAGGGAAGCUGAAGCAGCAUUUUGAAAUGUUUCUACUUGUAAAUAAAGUGUAUUUUUCACCUGA